UUCGAACCCCACCACAAUUUAUGCUCUGCUAAUUGUUGUUUCCUUCCUGUACGAGUUUAAAAACACUAUUUUGAAUUUGUAGUUCGUCUAGAUUCACUUAGAAGCACUUACGGUGACUAAUGAUAAAAUGAGCUCGUGAAUUAGUGCCAAUAAAUUUGCUCGAGAUGUAACAUUAUUUAUUUAGUUUGUUAGUGUAGUUUAGUGCCAUUGUUUUAGUGCGCGAGGAACUUGGAUUUUUUUAGUGAAAUGGCAGUUGUUUCCCUUGUUGGGAGUAAGGUUCUACUUGCUUUAUGCAACUUUUUACUUUUGGUUUGCGGUUUUUUCUUGGCAAUCGGAGGUAUUCUAGUCCUCUUCGACUCCGAUAGAGUCCUUUUGUCAAAAUUUCUAUCAGCAGGACCAUUCUCCGCCCUUACUCACCCCCUGCUUUACUACAUUUCAAUAGGUUUAGCAAUCCUAGGUUUAAUCCUAGCGUCUGCAGGAGUAUUAGGUUGCUGGGCAUCAUGCAUGAACAACUAUUGUGUUCUAACAACGUAUUUUUUUAUCGUAAUACUAGUGCUCGUGGGUGAAUGCGUAGUAUACGCUACAGCCUGGGCGUGGCCGGACUGUCUGGGUUUAGGAUUGGACCCUGAUUUAACUACAAAGACUUUGCAAAUGAAUUAUGGGUCCACAGGUCAAGAGCAAUUUACUGCAGCAGUUGAUUUAGCACAAACCAUGUUUUCUUGCUGUGGAAUUGAAUCAGCUAAUGAAUACGAUACUUCCUUAUGGAGAUUACAAUCUCUUGGACCUUCACUAGCUAUACCAUUAACUUGUUGUAAAUUAGACAAUAUUAACGAGACCAGAGCAUAUCUUAACCCACAUCCCAUAAAUAUUACAUUAUGCCAAGCUUUGGAAAGAAACAGACAUGAAGGAUUUAGACAUUUGGAGGGCUGCAAAGAGUAUUUGGAUCAAUGGUAUAAGGAACAAUAUGUGGUAUUUCUAGGGGCCGGCCUUAUCAUAGUUCUGGUAGAGUUUGCAGUUCUCCUCAGCACAAUCCUAAUGUGUACUCGUGUAUAUCACCGAAACGAAUCCAAAAAAGACCUACAAAAUUCACAAAUUAACACAGAAUCAUCCAGAAAUCGAUCACCUUUAGGUGCAUAUGAUAACGAAACCUACGCCAUGUCUAAUAGUUUUAGACAAAACUAUAAGCUUGUAGAUCGAGCGUGACGGUUACUGUAUGGUAUGUUGUUACCCAGCUAUGUAUAUCAUAUAGAAAAUAACUCUAUGUUAUGGUAAUUGUCGAUUUUAUAAAUUGAAAGUUUGUUUUAGUUUGCCUGCAAAUCUAUAAAAACUUCAUUAACUCAAAUUUACGUUUGUAUGUAAGAACUUUAAUUUUAUUUAAUAAACAUAUUA